AAUUUGAAAAAUAGGCGGGGUUACCUGCAAAUACAUUUCUACCCCACUCAGUGAGACACAGCAUUCUUCACACGCACUCGUUCAGUCUCUAAGUCAUUUACUGGAUCACUCACACAACUCAGAAAAUUCUACAAUAACACACUGUAAUUUUAACAAAAAAUUGAUUUUUAUACUCAAUUUAUACUCCACUAGACGUACAUAUAUUUGCUAGGGUUUAAAGUGUUGCCAUGGAUUCAACAAUGGCCACUCCAUGCCCUUCUACUCCCAAAUGGAAUGCAGAUCGACCAUUCCUCACAGGUCGAUUCCACCAGGAAAUAAAAUCUACAUCUGGGAUUACUUCAAAAGGGUUUUCUACGGAUCACUUCAGUCCCGGGGUGGACAAGCCAAUAGGUUGUUACCAUGCUGCAAUUCAGGAAUUGAUUGUUAUUGAUGAUCUAUUAUUUGCUUUGGUCGGAAUUGAAGGAAGAUAUAUAUCGAUCAAAAGACUUCGAGGAAAGGAUGAUAGUAUCAUCUUCCAAGUUGACUCAUCUAUGGAUUUGGCGCUUCAGGACUCCGCGAAACGGAUUUUUCCAUUGUGUGAGAGCUACUUAUUAGUUAAUCAGUUUGUCGAGUCAAGAUCCCAUUUCAAGACUGGCCUCGUCAAUCAUGCUUUUGCAGCUGCACUAAGAGCACUCCUUUUGGAUUACCAAGCUAUGGUGGCUCAGCUUGAACAUCAGUUUCGAUUGGGAAGACUUUCUAUUCAAGGAUUAUGGUUUUAUUGUCAGCCAAUGAUGGGCUCAAUGCAAGCUCUGUCCAUAGUGAUAAAGAAGGCUUCAGCUAAUAAUUUUACUGGUUCUGCUGUUCUUAACCUUUUGCACACCCAGUUCAGGUGGGUCUAUGAAGGAGUGAUUGAUGAUCCUUAUGGCGAAUUUUUCAUUGCUGAGAACAAGUCUCUCCAAAAGGAAAGUCUGACUCAAGAUUACGAUGCUAAAUAUUGGCAACAACGUUACAGCCUGAAAGGUGACAUCCCUAGUUUCCUUGCAAAUGCUGCUGAAACAAUUUUGACCACCGGGAAAUAUUUAAAUGUCAUGAAAGAAUGUGGGCACAAUAUUCAGGUCCCCAUGGCAGAAAAUUCUAAGUUAACAAGCGUCGGAUCCAGUCAUCAUUAUCGUGAGUGUAUCAAAGCUGCUUACGAUUUUGCCAGUGGCGAACUAUUAAAUCUCAUAAAAGAGAAGUAUGACUUGAUGGGAAAAUUGAGGUCAAUCAAACACUAUCUUCUUCUUGAUCAGGGUGAUUUUUUAGUUCACUUUAUGGAUAUAGCUCGAGAGGAGCUCAUGAAAAAGCCGGAUGACAUUUCUGUGGAAAAGCUGCAGUCCCUGCUGGACCUUGCAUUGCGAUCCACAGCAGCUGUAGCAGAUCCCUUCCACGAGGACUUAACAUGUUGUGUGGAACAAACCACAUUAUUGAAAAGGUUGAGUACACUUAAAGAUCUUGAAAUCAGCCAAACUGUUUCCAGCAGUACUGAUUUAGAAGAACCAGUGAGCAUUACAGGCUUGGAAACAUUUUCUCUGAGUUACAAGGUUCGAUGGCCAUUAUCCCUUGUCAUAUCAAGAAAGUCCUUAACAAAAUACCAGCUGAUUUUUCGCUCUCUGUUUCACUGUAAGCACGUCAACAGACAACUUUGUGCAGCAUGGCAACUACAUCAAGGCCUCCGCAGACUUGACAUGCAAGGGAUAGCUAUCUCCGUUUCAUCUUUGCUGUGUCGUAAUAUGCUUAAGUUUAUCAAUAGCCUUCUGCACUAUCUGACUUUCGAGGUUCUUGAGCCAAAUUGGCACGUGAUGCACAACAGACUUCAAACUGCCAAGAGCAUUGACGAGGUUAUACAGUACCACAAUUUUUUCCUCGAGAAGUGUCUGAGAGAAUGUUUGCUUCUUUCACCUGUUCUUCUCAAGAAGGUGGAGAGGAUGAAACUGAUUUGCCUUCAAUAUGCGGCGGCUACUCAGUGGUUAAUUACCUAUUCAAAUGACACUCCCAAGACUGAUGAUUCUCCAAAUGUUGAAAAGUACAAGCAACUGAAACUAAGGAUACCAUCUCGGACACAGAAAGUAGCUUCUGAAAAUGCGAGUGUCAUCGAAUCCAUAUUGAAAUUUGAGAGGGAAUUUACUGCUGAGCUUCGGAGUUUGGGACCAAUCUUGAGCAGCAGUUCUCGUGCAGAGCCAUAUCUGACUCAUCUUGCACAGUGGCUUCUUGGUGUGGGAAGGGACUAAUUUGUUAGUAACGUGUUUGGUACAUUGUAACGCAAACAUUACAACCUUACACAGUGUAUUAGAGCAUUGCAUGUGUUUAAAAACACAUCUACUGCUUGGUAAGAUGUCGGGGUUUUCCUUAGUUUGGCGAGUGUGGAUCGUGAAGCUGUCCAAAAGAACCAUUUUUUUUGUUGUUGAAAUUACCAGCAAAAAGUACUAGUCUUGGUGCUAAUGUUGGAGUUGUAUUAGUGUCUGUACUACUUUUAUCAUCUGCUCGUAGUGAUAUAACUAGCAUAUGUCAAUCAGCAUCCAUUGACGUAUGUAAAACAAUUCUUUUCUUGUAACUAUUUUCAUCCCUGCCAAAA